AUGGCUGCGGCGUCGAUGCUUCUCUUGGUGGCCACUCUCGUUGUCAGCCAUGGCGUCGACGCCUUCGACCCCAACCCUCUACAAGACUUCUGCGUGGCCGACAACGAGUCCAAGGCGCGCGUGAACGGGGUGCCGUGCAAGGACCCGGCGACCGUGGUGCCGGACGACUUCUUCUUCGCCGGCGCGGACAAGCCCGGCGGCGCCGAGAGCCAGCGCUACGGGUACUCGUCGCUGCCCGUGCGGAUCCCGGGCCUGAACACGCUGGGCGUGUCGCACGCCCGCGUCGACGUCGCGCCGGGGGGCGUCUUCCCGCCGCACUACCACCCGAGGGCGUCCGAGACGGCACUGGUGCUGGAGGGCUCCUCCGUCUACUUCGGCUUCCUCGACUCCGGCAACAGGCUCUUCGCCAAGGUGCUCCGCAAGGGCGACGUGUUCGCCGUGCCGCAGGGUCUCGUCCACUUCGUCCUCAACAACGGCAGCGCGCCCGCCGUGCUCUACGCCACGCUCAGCAGCCAGAACCCCGGCAUGGUGCUCCUCGCGGACGCGCUCUUCGCCGUUGCGGCGCCAUCGCCACUCCCGGAAGAGCUUCUCGCCAGGACGCUCCUGACGGACAGGCGGACCGUGGAGGAGAUCCGGGCAAACUUCGAGCGCCGGUCUUUGUCGUCGGGCUUCUUGAUGGCUGGCCCUGGCGGCGAGAGCCACGCUAGUUAG